AUGAAAAACCAUUGGGAUGUGUUGAAAAAAGAUUGGCUUUUGUGGAACAAUCUGUUAAGGGGUGAGACAGGCUUAGGCCAUGAUACAUUGACUGGAGCUAUAUCUGCAUCUGAUGAGUGGUGGACCAAGAAAUUGGAGAGGUAUCCUGAUGCUGCUAAAUUCCGGCAUGCAGCUGCUACUGGAGAAUGGGCAUACACUCCUAGUUCAGGGGUUAUGCCUGACACUGAUGGGAAUGUGGAGGAAUUUCAUACCCCACAUGAUGCUGAAUAUGAUGAUGAUGAUUUGGAGGUGGUUCAUCCUUCUGAGUUAAACAAAAAGCAUUCAUCAAACACUGGUGGUUCAUCAACCAAGAGCAAGACACAGAAGAAAUUUACUGGUGUAGCUCUAAUUAACAAGACACUUGAUCGUAUAGUCAAUGUGGUUGAGUCAUCUUCAGCAACUUCAACACAGACCUCAUCAAGAUAUCCCUCAAUUGCAGAAUGUUUGGCGAAGUUGGAAAACAUCCCUGGUGUGUCCCCGGAUGAUGAACUGUAUGUGUGGGCCGCCCGAUUGUUCUUACGAGACAAGCGUCGUGAGUGCUUCAUGACUCUUCCUACGGAUGAAGUUCGGCUUAGGUUUCUAAAGUUGGAGAUUGAGAUGAAGAAGACCACCACAGGUGACAUUUCUUCAGUUGAAUGGUAUAAUUUUGUUGAAGUUGAAGGUUGCCUUAUAUUUAGUCAUGGAAUUUUUUUUGAUGGAAUACUGCUUGCAUUGUUUGGAUCAGUAGAUAGGAACACAUCUUCAAUACUUCAUUCCUCAGCUAGAAUUGGAUAUGUAUAUAACAGUGCUGCCUGCUUGAAUUGCAUUUGUGUCAUGCUUGAAUUUCAUGAAGAUCACUAA